CUGUUACUUCAGAGGAAAUGCAUUGAGUUUGCCUUGAAAGCCAAGCCACAUCGUCGCUACAUCCCCAGAAAUCGCUUCCAGUAUCGUGUGUGGUGGUUUGUUACAUCACGUGCCUUUGAAUAUGUGAUUUUUCUAAUCAUCGUACUCAAUACGGUCUCGUUAGCAUGCAAGCAUUACCCUUCUGGGCAUCGCUUCGAGUAUGUCCUUGAUGUGCUGAAUCUCGUUUUCACUGGAGUAUUCGCGUUCGAAGCUUUCUUCAAAAUUAUAGCAUUGAAUCCAAAAAACUACUUCGGUGAUCGCUGGAAUGCGUUCGACUUCGUCAUCGUGCUCGGGUCAUUCAUUGACAUCAUCUACGGCAAACUCAAUCCGGGUGGUGAGUGUCCGCCCUUUCUGAAUAGUAAGUGGAAAAAACAGGAAUUUAAAACAAUAAGCAGAUGUGAGGAGAUUAAAUUUUGA